AUGGGAGUAAAAGAUUUAUGGAAUAUCAUAUCGCCGCUGAGCGAAAGGAAACCUUUGUUUGAAUUGGAAGGUAAAACUAUCGCCAUCGACUUGAGUUGCUGGGUCGUCGACAGUCAGAAUGUGUCCACACAGCCUAAAAUUCACGUGAGAAAUCUGUGCUUUCGUACCUCCUACUUUUUGCUUCACAACAUCAAUCCAGUAUUCGUCCUCGAAGGCACUGCUCCAAAGCUUAAGCAUGAUACAAUAGCCAGAAGAAAUGAAGUGAUACGUCCUGGAGCUGCUGAUAAAAAAAAGUCCAAGAAAGUUGGAAGAACGCACUUUAAUACUGUACUCCGGGAAUGUCAGGAAAUGCUGAGGUAUAUGGGGUUGGAGUGUAUCCAAGGUAAAGGAGAGGCAGAGGCAUUGUGUGCCUAUUUGAAUGCAGAUGGGCUUGUUGAUGGCUGCAUCACUCAAGACAGUGAUUGUUUUUUAUAUGGAGCUAAGGUAGUCUAUCGUAAUUUUUGUACCGUCAAACAAAAUAGCAGUGGCUUUAUUGACGAAUAUGAUAUUGAGAAAAUCCAAAAUGUUCAUGGAUUAGGUAGAAAUAAAAUGGUUGCUUUAGCUUUAAUUUGUGGAUGUGAUUAUGGGGAGGGGCUGUAUGGAGUUGGUAAAGAAAAUGCUCUGAAAUUUUUCAAAACUGUUAGCGACAGCGAAGUGCUUGACAGGAUGAAAAAGUGGAAAACUAACAGUGUACUUCAGAGAAUAGACGAUAAACUAGCUGAUCCAGAUACUUGCCCAAAUUGUGGCCAUUUAGGAAAGAAAACUCAUAACAGAAAAGGUUGUUUAGACUGUGGAACCACAGAGAAGUGCAAUGAUAGCUUUAAGAAAAAAUGUGUAGAAUUAUCUGGCGAGUUGGCUAUUAGAAAAAAGGCUCUGAUGGAUGAAAAUUUUCCUAACCAGGAAAUUAUUGAUGAAUUUUUACUUCGUAAGGAAUCAGUGCCUUCUAGUCUUAAUUUAAAGUGGCGCAAACCUAACAUGAUCAAAUUUGUUAGUUUUAUGGAAAGAGUAGUACAAUGGGAUGCAGCCUACGCGCUGAGUAAAAUUUUACCAAUUUUCACUCGAUGGCAAAUAAAACACCUUAUUGAUAUUCCCGAAGAUGAGAGAGCAGAUGAACCAAAUAUCAUUAUCCCUGAAAGAAUUAAGAAAGUUAAAACUGUUAAAGGUGUACCAAGUUUCGAAAUUCUUUGGCAAGAUAACCUUGACAUAGUAAAAAAAUUAGAUGUCGUUUACACAGAAGACAAAGAAAAUAAUGAGGAACCCCAAGUUUUUGAGUUGAUAACAGUUGAACCACAAGAACUAAUCGAGAAAUGUUAUCCUCAACUAUACGAUCAAUAUCUAGCAAGUAUACAGGCAAAAAAGGCUCCAAAAUUAAAAAGAACACGGGAACCGAAAAAGCCGAAAAAAGACGUCAUUAAAAACAAAAAGAUCACAGAUUACAUUGUUAUGAACGAAUUGGAAGAAUCUUUUGAAAAAAUGGUGGUAUCUCCAAAGAAAAAAAGGGGACCCCAGUUUGACAAGGUGAUGGCUACUGCUGAGACUGACAGACUCGACAAAAUUCUCAAUGGAUCUCUAGAGGUACUAUUCAACGACCUCGGUCCUGAUGAUUUUCCCGUCGAAAAUGACAUCCCAGAUGCCGAAAUAUCUUUGAUCAUUCAAAAUAUCGUUAGCAGAAAAUAUUAACACUCGUGAAUAAUUUUUUUUAGAUUUUUUUUUCUUUUUUUUUGUUUUGUUUUGUUUUGUUUUUUUUUUUUCAUUUCAUCAUGAAACGAGACACAAACGCGCAU